GGCAGUCCGGACGCCUCAUUCCUCGCUGGCUGUCGGCGGCCGGGAGCGGGCACUGGGCGACUCACUCAUCGGCCGUCGCAGUCAACGGCAGGUACACAAGCAAACGCCCUAUGCCCCGACAACGGCCAAGCCUAGGAACAAGCCCAUUUGCCCACAGGACCGGCAUGCCAAAUUCCACGUGAAACUUGGGGCACCAAAUUCUCCCGGAGUGCAGCCAACUCGAAGGAAGUCAGGCUAGUUAGGUGUUUCGGCAAAGCAAGCUGAGAGCUUUGCGUGUGUUCGCGCGAGUGACAGGCCGCUUUUACAUGUGCUUCGUGCGUGGCGUCCCGUGCACUGCAACGUCAACAUGACUCGGAUACUACUUGUCACCGUUGUAGCCGCGUUGACCUUCUUCGUGGGUCCGAUUAUCAGCGCGGAAGUUUACACCGACCAAUUUGUGGUUCACGUCGAAGGAGGUGUCGAGCUGGCUAAGGAGCUGGCGAACAAGCACGGCUUCGAAUACUUGGGACAGGUCUUUGGGGACCACUAUCACCUACGGCAUAAACGCAUCGCCAAGAGGUCCUUGCAGCGAAGCGAGGAGCACCACCGGAGUCUAGAACAAGAGCCCAAUGUUCGGUCGUUUUCGCAACAGACCCUGAAGCGGCGCAGCAAGCGUGAAUUCCGCGAAACCGUCCUCAACGAUCCACGAUGGUCGGAAAUGUGGUACCUGAACCGUGGCAAGUCGUUGGACAUGAACGUGCAGAACGUGUGGAAGAAAAACAUCACGGGGCGCGGCGUGGUGGUUACGAUUUUGGACGAUGGCCUCGAGAAGGACCACCCGGACUUAGUCGAGAACUACGAUCCCCAAGCCAGCUGGGACAUGAACAACCACGAUCCUGAUCCUCAGCCGAGAUACGACCUGGUCGACUCGAACCGGCACGGUACGCGCUGCGCGGGUGAAGUGGCGGCCGUGAAGAACAAUUCAAUAUGUGCGGUUGGCGUGGCUUUCGGUGCGGGCAUCGGAGGCGUGCGCAUGCUGGACGGAGACGUGACUGACGUAGUGGAGGCGCGAUCGUUGGCGCUGAACAACCAGCACAUCGACGUGUACAGCGCCUCGUGGGGUCCCGACGACGACGGCAAGACGGUGGACGGGCCGGGCGAGCUGGCCACGCGGGCGUUUCGCGAGGGCAUCGAGCGCGGCCGCGGCGGCCUCGGCUCCAUCUUCGUGUGGGCCUCUGGCAAUGGGGGCCGCGAGCGCGACAACUGCAACUGCGACGGCUACACCAACGCCAUCUGGACGCUGUCCAUCAGCAGCGCCACCGAAAAUGGCCUGGUGCCCUGGUACAGCGAGGCCUGCUCUUCCACCCUUGCCACCACCUACAGCUCGGGAUCGACGGGCGAGAGGCAAAUCAUCACGACUGACUUGCAUCACGGUUGCACCUCCACUCACACGGGAACGUCUGCAUCAGCUCCUUUAGCGGCUGGCAUUUGUGCACUCGCACUUGAAGCCAAUCGCCGACUCACAUGGAGAGACAUGCAACACAUAGUUGUUCGGACUGCUAAGCCCACCAACCUGCACACAAGUGAUUGGCAGAAAAACGGCGUUGGACGCAACGUGAGCCACUCGUUUGGAUAUGGCCUGAUGGAUGCGGAUGCCAUGGUGGCUUUAGCCAAGAGGUGGACAACUGUGCCACAGCAGAAGACUUGCAUGGUCAGAGCCCAGCCCAUGGACAAGUAUAUAUCGCCCAAGAGUCACGUAGAGCUAAAACUGAAUGUGAACUGCGAAAACGUCCGCUUUCUGGAGCAUGUUCAAGCGAAGGUCACGUUGUCUGCAACACGGAGGGGUGACCUGCACAUUUACCUCACCUCGCCUGCGGGAACAAGGUCGACCCUCUUAGCCCAGAGGCCUCUUGACAAUUCUCGGUCGGGCUUCCAAGCCUGGCCUUUCAUGAGUGUCCACACAUGGGGCGAAAGCCCCAAUGGGCGUUGGAAGCUUGAAGUGCACAACGAUGGACGAUACUUUGGGCACAUCCGAGGACCCCGACGUGUGGUCUGCGGGGGCCGGUGCACGCCCGCCGCCGCAGUACGGCGACGUCCCCAGUGGGCCGCACAAGGAGGAGAACGAAAAGGAGGCACCACCCACGCCCGCGGCUCCUCAGACGACUCGAAAGACCACGACCAAGGCACCGACGACGCUUCGGCCAUCUCCACCACCGGUGCCCGUCUCACCGACUGCCAAGGCAUUCCCCGUGUACCGGCCCAUGAAGCCACCGCCUUCGUUAGGCCGGCCGCCCAGCGACCACGAGUCACUCGACAACUUCAUUCAUUCCGACUCGCGCCGACCAGUGGAGAGUCCGCAGCCAGGACUGUCGGUGCACGGGACUCGGGAGAACCCAGCCCGUGGCACCGGCGUGUCCAGCAGCAAGCCCAUCGAAGGAAGCGGCGCGGCAGCGCACGGCUGUGGCGCUGGCAGGCCCUGCCUAGAAUGCCCAUAUCCCCAGUAUGCCACCUGGUCCGGAUGCGUCGACAAGUGCCCAGACGGCACCUACCGAUCGCCGCCAUCCUCUUCACUGCCGCUAGCUGGUUCCUCCGAGAGAACCACCGCACUCACGUGUGAGCACUGCCACUAUUCGUGUCGUGCGUGCCGAGGUCCCAGUGACGACCAAUGUAUGCGCUGCUUCGGUGAUGCCGACUUGGUGGAUGGCGGCUACUGCCAGUCCAAGGUCCUUCUGGCGAGGCUCAACACUGCGGCUGUCUGGUACAAGGCCAUGACCGUGGCCCUGAUGACCCUUUGCGUGGUCAUCGUGUCUGUGGCCGGCCUUGUGCUAGUGACGCAGACCAAUUGCUUGGCCACUUGCUGUGGUGGCCCUUCCAACAGCCGAGACGCCCCGGGUGGCCGCAGCGCACGCUACUCGGGUUUGCCAGUGCACACGAGCACCUUUCCCGAGGAUGGCGUCAUACAGGCACCAGUGACACCAUACCACUCCAAAGACAGUAGUACACCGAAGAUGCCCAACGUCAAGCCUUACAGAGACGACGACAUCUAAGAAGUCUUCUUUCAAUGCGAGAAGUUGGCUGCUAAGUCACGUGCAGCGUGCAGGGAAGGAUGCAGUCUUGAAAAGCUGGGAGGUUACAUCUACUUGUGUACUGUACGAGCAGCCAAAUGCCAUUUACCAAUUGAGGUACCUCCUAGUAGUGAUACUCGACAGAGAUAGUCUGCUGCAUGAAAAGGCCAUUGCAUUAAGACUCCAUAUGUCACAGUGCUUAGCAUUGUGUACCAGGUCUGCGAGCUAGCCGACUACUCCAAGACUUGCUCCGAAGUGGCGGGUGACACGACGAGCCAUAACCAUCCUUUGCCGUUGACCGCAGUGCUUUCGUGUGUUGUGCAGUUUGGACUCUGUAACUGAUUGAAAGCUGUGCUAGCCUGUGGUUACAAGAGACGAGAGCUGCCAUGCUGGUGCAUUACGAAUGAACAAGCAGUGAAAAGAACUUUGAACAGACAUUUUUCUGUUGUCAAAGAGACUGUGACGCCAAGAGUGUAAAUGCGGCCUAUAAGCAUGGUGCUGUGAUCUCCAAAGCGCGUUGCAUCUACUGUUGAUUAGUACAGGGGUGUGUCACUGUGGGUAGUAUGGCAUAGCUAUUAAGCCAAGUGUGGAUGAUGUCGCAUGGUUUUGGUGAUAUCACAUGAUCACUCAUCUUACGAGAUGGUUUCCAAGACCUUAAAGCUCUGCGAAGAAUCACUUUUGGCGUGCAAACUGAAUUGGCCUGUUUAACUUAUAUGUCGAAGCGUGUGGUUACGUCUGCGGAGCUCGAUCAAAAGUUGAUAACUGCAUUGUAGGAACAAACGCGUAUGCACCUGUUUGGCUCCAAUGAGCAGUGAACACGGUUCCUGUGGUGUGUUCCACUGGUUGCUUUACAUAGGUUGAAACAUUGUUUGAAGCAUUUACAUUUGUACUUCGAGGACCAACCUUUUUUUGGCUUUACACGAACAACACAAAAGUGAACCAACGUUUUAUCUUCUUUUAGGUUUACUCUAAAACUUGUUUAGCUUGCAUUUUAUGCUGUCUUUCUAUAUACUUCUGUUUUCUGUUAUGCCUACGCCUUUGUUUACACUAGCUUUUCUAGUCUGUUGAGCCGUAGGAUUCACUAGAACUUUCAGUUAACAGUGUCUCUAAAAUAUCGAUCAAUCAUUUUGAAACAUUUUGAGCACAUUGUUUAGAAUACACAUCGCGAAUAGGCCAUGACCUUGUGCGCUUUGUCAGUUGUACUACAGAGCUGUUUUCUGUAAGAAAAAAAAAAACCUGAUCGAA